AGGGAGAGAGAGGCACGAGCUUGAAUACAAAUCAGACUCCCCGUCGCACACACGCGCAUUCUCUGCAGCCGCACUGGAGAGCUGCGGUUGAGGUGACGCUUUAAUCUCUCACGCCUCAUUAAGGAGGAUCCGCCUGUGCAUGCGAGUGCGGUUUGCACACAGACCGUGAGCGCAUCUGCAUACGCUAAUGUGAGGAAACGCUCCACGAGAAAAAUCCCGUGUGGGUGGGAGGAUAGAAGGAAGGACGAGGAGAGGAAAGCUGCACAGGAGUUCCAUGGCAAACGCGCGUUAUGGCCACUGCAUAGGAAUCCAUCGCGACGGCUGCAGGGUGUGAAACUAAAGUGGGAGAGCGUGAGGAGGAACAGAGCAGAAAGAAGAGGGAUCUACAAUGGCAGCAGAAGAGAAGCCUGCUGUGAAGAGCAGUAGCUCCAUUGUACCAUGUUUCCUAUUUGUGGAGCUGGUGAUCAUGGCAGGCACCGUUCUCCUGGCAUACUACUUCGAAUACACGGACACCUUUCCCGUACACGUCCAGGGAUUCUUCUGCUUCGAUAAGACGUUCUCCAAGCCUUACCCUGGACCGGAUGAGACCAGUAACGUACCACCGGUGCUCGUGUACUCUCUGGUUGCUGCGAUUCCUACUAUAACCAUUCUGGCUGGCGAGGUGAUGGCGUUUUUCAUGAGGUCGGAGGGCGCGCAGGAGAAGACCAUAGUCACAGCCGACUGCUGUUACUUCAACCCCCUGCUGAGACGCGUCAUACGCUUCCUAGGUGUCUAUACCUUUGGCGUGUUCACCACCACCAUCUUUGCCAAUGCUGGACAGGUGGUGACAGGAAACCAGACGCCUCACUUCCUGUCAGCGUGCAGACCAAACUACACAGCACUGGGCUGCCAUUCCAACUUACAGUACAUCACAGAGCGCAAAGCCUGCACAGGAAACCCCCUCAUAGUGGCAUCUGCACGGAAAUCAUUUCCCUCCAAGGAUGCGGCCCUCAGUGUUUAUUCGGCAGUGUAUACAGUGAUGUACGUGACGUUGGUGUUUAGGACUAAAGGGACGCGUCUGACCAAACCCACACUAAGUCUGACUCUGCUGUGUCUGGCCAUGUUGGUGGGUGUGGUCAGAGUGGCUGAAUACCGCAACCACUGGGCCGACGUCCUCGCUGGAUACUUCACUGGCGGAGCCAUCGCUGUCUUUCUGGUGACGUGUGUGAUCAACAACUUCCAGCAGGCAAAGCCCCCACCCCCACCAGCGCGACCCCAGCGUCCUGAGUCUGUGCUGGGCAUGCCCAUGGUAGCGCUGCCCUGCGUAGAGAGUCCACUUGAAAAGUUAAGUGGCACUCAGACUCCAAGGGGAUCUCCAUUCACUGAGAUCACAUGACCAUCAGCCUCAUCGGUUCCCCGUCCCCCCCGAUGUCCUCAUACCGUCUCGCUCCAUUUCCAGCGAAGUCUAGACCAGCCGUCCCAGCACACGCGCCACUGCGCCGCCCACUCCGCGGGACGCUCCGCCACUCUGCACCGCUCCUACUCGACACAGGUCUAGAUUUCCUCACCUCCAACCCAUCAUCCUCCAUAUUCCUCCAUGCUGCCGAUAGGGCCUCCACAAACCGCUCAAACAAACGACGAGAAGCACUUUUCGAGAGCCUGUUCAAAGAUGUCGAACGCCUGAACGAAAGCCAGAAAUCACAGGUAGGCGUCUCACUCUUGCCAGAGGGUUUGUUUGGACUGUGGGUGGAGGAUUUGCACCUAUUUAGACCUCAAACCUCAACCUGACCUAUUUCCUGGGGAACCGAUGAAGAAGUCUUGAUCAGCCUUUGACUGAAAUGCAGAACUCGAUUUUUACUGUAGUGUGUCAGAUAUUUCAAAUCAUAUGUAAAUACAUGCACAGUUUUCUUCUUUUUUGGUUAAAGGCAUGUCUGUUUUUUUCUAUUUUGUUCAUAGCAUUGAUGGAGUUAAGUUUUUAUAUUCAUCACACUAUUUAGUUUUGAAAAUCAAGGCAGUGCAUCUAUACAUGGAAUAUUUAUUGGUUGUCCUUGAGUCAUGUUCACUAUGCACUUGGGGCAAUCUCAUUAGCAUCAGAUUUCUGGACAUUUUGUGAGUGCACAUCAAGAACUGCAUUAGGAAAAGACCUCUAAACUUGGAGACAAUCUUGAUACCAGCUCUUAUAAUAAUGUUUGGAAUCAUCAGAAGGAAUUGCAAUGUUUAAUGACAUACACGCAAAAACUGAACCACAGAAUUUUUUUUUUAAUAUUUAAUGUCCAGUUUGUGCUCACAAGGAUUUCUCCACCAGCUAGAUGUAAUGCACAUGAGCCGUCAUUUUUAUUCUGUCGCUUUCAGACACAAAACAUUCUUACAGUUUGUCAUCACAGAAGGAUUGGAUUCUUCAUUUCUCAGGAGAGAAAAGCAAGAAUUGCAUCCCAAGACGUCAACAGAACAGUAAAGACAACAUCUGUAUUGUUGUUGGUAUUUUUGUGAAGGUUUUCAAAAAUGCAGUAACUGAAGGUCAGCUAGUUUCUUUCUUGUAUAGUGAAUAACCUUUUCACAUUAGCAUUAUCAUGUGUUACUAACAGGGUUG